AAACGAAUCUCCCCCCGUCAAAAAGGUCAUGAUCACCAAACCUCAGACAUACACAUAUACGAUUUACAUAUACACUUUGAAUGCUCGCACACCAUGCGUAACGACAGUUAAUACCAAGUUCAGCGAUCGCAAUUGUUCAACAAGAACCACCACCUCUAGAUGCUGAUAACGACAUAGAACGGAGGAGUCUUAUUUGCGAAUGUUUUAAACGCAAGUGUGGCUAACGAAAUGCCCUAAUAUAGUUCAGAGUCGGCAAUCAUCAUGCUUUCCCAAACCCAAGGCUGUUUCGACUUUCCAUUUCAACUCACGUUCCAAAGCAAGCGACAGCUUACGCUAAUUGGCUUCGGCAUUCGUCGGUUCAUAGUCGGAAUCAAUUACGCCAUCGUUAUACCGUCUCUGUGGUUCUACCUUGAAUCAUUUGGCGCGCCGUACUAUUUCCUGGGAAUAGCAAUCGCCGCAGACUCGCUGGUCGGCGUGAUAGUCUCGCCAAUAGUCGGUAAGAUCGCCGACAUUACUCGUCGUAUUCGCGCCAUCGGGAUCUUCACGAUAACAAUGGAUUUCGUUGGAAAUAUCGUUUAUGCUUUGCCAAUGCAUGUGUAUAUGCCAAUCUUAGGACGCUGUAUCUCAGGAAUCGGAGCCGGUUACGUCUCGGCUCUUUACGGAGAGGUUUCGCGAGUUACGACGCCCGCCGAACGUACGCGCAUCGUUACGAUCCUUGAAGGAGUCCGUUUACUAGGAAUUACAAUCGGUCCGUCUUUCAAUUUCUUCUUGCAGAAUUUUAACUUCUACAUCGGACCUUGGAAAAUCGAUAAGCGAACGGCGCCCGGAUUUUUUAUGGCCAUUCUUUGGUUUUUGGUUGGCAUAAUUCAUUUGUUUACGGUUUACAAUCUAACAAAAGACUACAAACACUUGGAAGAGGAGUUUUUAGCGAACGGCACUCCGGAGACGAGUAAAAAGAAUUCGCUGCCAGGUUCACGUAUGGAACGCCGGAGGUCAUCUAUGGACCUCAGAAGAUCGCGCGGAUCACCUGUUGAUCGCAUGGAAUCACGGAGUCCAUCGUUUUACAUGCACGAGGGAUAUUCGAGCGAGGAGGAGAUUCAGGAGGAGUUGACGUACUUGGAUAUUUUAAGAACACAGAGACAAGAAGAGAACAUGGACCAAACAAAAGAUGAACGAAGCAUUUUCGCGGGCAUCAAGGCGGCUUUGACGCGCUCCGAACUUGUGGUUCUUUUUCUCUCUCAAUUUUUAAUGUAUUUUAAUCAGAGUUCGUUCGAGACACUCGCACCGUUAAUUGGAGUAGAGUUAUUUGGUUUCACGAUAACCUAUCUGAGUAUUCUCUACGUCGCCGCAGGUGUUGAACUUGUUAUCGUCAUUGUUCUCGUGUGGUUUGUUUCGCAUUACAUUGCAGAUCGAAGUCUUCUGCUCUCGUCAAUUGCCAUGGGAACCCUUGGUGUCUUUGCGCAACUCGGUGUGGCGUUCUCGCAGCCACGCACGACCGGGGGCCUGGUUUUAGCCUUUAUGAUGACAUUUUUUAUGCUGCUGGCUACGCCUAUUACAAGCAUCGUUGGAAAAUCUUUGCUAUCAAAGAUCACUCGUGUUGAAGACCAAGGAUUUUACCAAGGUCUGCUUGCAUCAACGCAACAGUUAGGUCUAAUCUCUGGCCCGCUUGUGGGUAGUGCGCUCUUUACAUAUUUAAUGUAUUUUAGUUCCGUUUCCUUAUUCAUUUUCGUGUUUCUGUACGUGCUCACCCUGAUAACAAUGGACAAAUUAGUCGGUAUUUCAAAUAAUGGAGUGAACAACAAUUAGGACUUUGAAUGUGUGGAGGUUUUAGGCUUUUUAGCCGUUGAUUUAAAGGUCGCACAUGCGUAUGAAAGACAAGUAUCUCUUAAGACUUUUACAAUUCAAACACUUUAGAAGAUCAAGUCGAUUGUUUUGUACGUAAUUUGUGUAUGGUAUUUGCACCAUUAUAUGGUUUGUAUGGUUGGUAUUUAAAUUAAAGGAUUAUAAAUCUGUUCAAUUAAAAUUUGUUUCGAUUUUGAGUAUUGGUUUGUUCAUUGGUGAAAGCAAAAAGACGAGUAAAUUGGGCAUUGCAUGAGAGCUGUUUUGGGCGCAAAAAUAUCCAGAAACUAGUAUAUUAUAUAAAUACAAAAGAGCGUCAAAAGCGCAACCUCGUCCCCAGCGCGUGAAGGUCUCGCGAGCGAAACACGCGACGGGCUUUAUGAAUUGUUUGCUGUCGUCACAGCUAUCGUCAUCCAGUUCUGUGCAAAAUUUUAACGAUGAAGAAAUUAAGAAAAAUAAGCUUUUCUUUUUUUCUUGUUUUUUCGAUUCUUUGGCAUGCAAAUGAUACAUUUGCAGGUAAUUUUACAGUUUU